CCGCGGCAUGUGGGAUCUUCCUGGACCAGGGCUUGAACCUGUGUCCCCUGCACUGGCAGGCAGAUUCUUAACCACUGUGCCACCAGGGAAGUCCUGCGAAUUGGUCUUAUUUGAUAAGAGGGGACAGUUGAGCUGAGGGAAGGGAGAAGUCUGGGAAGGAUUUCCGGAGGAGGUGCUGUUUUUGCUGGGCUCUGGUAGCAGAUCUACAGGGGGAAGGCGGGUGGGCAAGGUGGAAGGAAGCACCGUGCAGAUCGCACAGAUGGCCAGGUUGGGGGAGUCCGUGCUCACCCGGAGGAUGGGGAGUCUGGCCCGUUGGCCUGAUUGAGGGGUGACAGAACAUGAGAUGCCCCAUAGGUGCAGUUCUGGUUUUUGUUUUUUGUUUUUUUGUUUUUGUCCUGAAGAGUAUUUUGUUUGUUUAAACAAUUUUCAGUUGCUCACCAACAUUUAAGAAUCAGGAGUGGUCACAAAUGUUUCGGAAGCUCUAGAAGCACUAGGUGGUGGCCGGUGGCUGGGACGGGGCAGAGGCUGCAGUGCUCCCUUCUACUCCUGGGUGGGCCUGCGGCCGUAACAGUAGGUCAGGGUUCUAGGAGUUCCAGAAACUUCUGUCUCUCGUGGAGCAGAUGGGGAGUGGUGACUGGGGCUGUGCGUGUCUACCCUGAGCUUACUCUUUUCUGAGCCAGCCCGGCCCUGCUGGGCCCCUGGGAAGGGCUUCAAAGGACCUGAGAGAGGCCAGGUGUGGGAAAUAAAGCAGUGUAAUAGACUUAGCAGGAGGCAGCCUAAUUGAAGGAAAGGGGGAGGAAGCAGAGAGACAGAAGGAAACUGGAGGGGGAGCCUCAGGACCUCGCUCAACCCUGUGUGUCUAAGCAUGCUGGAAUCCUUGUAGGGAAGAGUGGUCUGCCCAGCUGGCCCCAGACCAGACAGAAAACAUCUAAAUGGUCAAUCCAUGGAGGAAACACGGACAGUUGCCACCCAAAAAGGAGUGCAAGAUCCUGAUGGCAUCACAGAGACAUUCCCCCAACAUUCAAACCACAGGUCUGACGUGGGGAGGGCUCCCGGAUCACCUUGGGGGCCCGGGGGGCCCAGACAGAUGCAGAGGAGGGAACAGACUGGGUCUUCAGGCCUGGAGUGAGGGGUGAAGAAGCCUACAGAACAGGGAAGUGAGGAAGGAGCUGGAUGGGAGAUGUAGGGGUGUGCCUGCAGCCCUGGGGGUACUGGGGGGCACCUACCAUCCAGGGAGGGCUGAAGAGGGGCUGAGGGUCCGAGGCGGCCCUGUUGAGUCGGUGGUCUGAGAGCUCCAGCCCACUCACCUGCAGGGAGCUGGCGUGCACAGGAGCGGAUGCUGGAGAUGAGGAGGGCCAUCCCAAACAGUGGUGGGUGGUGGCAGCCUUGGAGGGAAGUAGGCCCUGCGCUGGGAUGUCGGCGGGGCUUGUUGGGCUAGGGAUUUGACAUUUGAGCAGACCCUUGAAAGGUGAGAAGGGGCCAGGCAGGUGGAGGACUGGGCCAGGCUCUCUGGCGGGAAAGAGGAGGCCUGGGCGGGAGGUGGGAGUGAGGGGCUGGAGGAGGAAGUGAGUUUGCAAGGGUGACUGGGGCCGAUGGGGCCCUGCAGGACCUGCAGAGGAGUCUGGAUUUUGGACUGAGUGCAGCGGACACAUGUUGCAGGUGGUUCAGGCAGGGGAGUGAUGUGAACUGAGCUACCUGAAAAAAAAAAAGUAACAGUUUCAUUGUGAUGUAAUUCCCAUGUUGUACAGUUCACUUAACUUAAAGUAUACAGUUAACGUAUUCACAGGGAUGUGCAACCAUCACCACGCUGAUUUUAGGACUUUCUCAUCAUCCCCUAAAAGGCUGUGUACCCACUCGUGUCCCCCGGCCCAGAGCCUCUGAGAACCACUGGUCUGUGUUCUGACUGGAUUUGCCUGUCCUGGACUUUUCACGGACCCAGACAUGGAGCUGCGGGAAGAGGCGUGGUCUCCGGGGCCGUUGGAUUCUGAGGACCAGCAGAUGGCCAGCCAUGAGAACCCAGUGGACAUCCUCAUCAUGGAUGACGACGACGUCCCCAGCUGGCCCCCAACCAAGCUGUCCCCGCCCCAGUCGGCGCCCCCGGCUGGUCCCCCGCCCCGGCCGCGGCCGCCCGCCCCCUACAUCUGCAACGAAUGCGGCAAGAGCUUCAGCCACUGGUCCAAGCUGACGCGGCACCAGCGCACACACACGGGCGAGCGGCCCAACGCCUGCAGCGACUGCGGCAAGACCUUCUCGCAGAGCUCGCACCUGGUGCAGCACCGGCGCAUCCACACGGGCGAGAAGCCCUACGCCUGCUCCGAGUGCGGCAAGCGCUUCAGCUGGAGCUCCAACCUCAUGCAGCACCAGCGCAUCCACACGGGCGAGAAGCCCUACGCCUGCCCCGACUGCGGCCGCAGCUUCACGCAGAGCAAGAGCCUGGCCAAGCACCGGCGCUCGCACAGCGGCCUCAAGCCCUUCGUGUGCCCGCGCUGCGGCCGCGGCUUCAGCCAGCCCAAGAGCCUGGCGCGCCACCUGCGGCUGCACCCGGAGCUGUCGGGGCCUGGCGUGGCGGCCAAGGUGCUGGCGGCCAGCGUGCGCCGGGCCAAGGCACCCGAGGAGGCGGCGGCGGCGGACGGCGAGAUCGCCAUCCCGGUGGGCGACGGCGAGGGGAUCAUCGUGGUGGGAGCGCCGGGCGAGGGGGCCGCGGCGGCCGCAGCCAUGGCGGGCACGGGGACCAAGGCGCCGGGACCCCGCUCGCGGCGCGCCCCGGCCCCCAAGCCGUACGUGUGCGUGGAGUGCGGGAAGGGCUUCGGGCACGGGGCCGGGCUUCUGGCCCACCAGCGCGCCCAGCACGGGGACGGGCUCGGGGCGGCGGGGGGCGAGGAGCCCGCGCACAUCUGCGUGGAGUGCGGCGAGGGCUUCGUGCAGGGCGCGGCGCUGCGGAGACACAAGAAGGUCCACGCCGUGGGCGCGCCCUCCGUCUGCAGCCGCUGCGGACAGAGCUACUACCGGGCAGGCGGGGAGGACGACGACGACGACGACGACGAAGCGGCGGGCGGGCGGUGCAGCGAGUGCCGUGGCGGGGAGGGCCGGUAGGGGCGGGGGCCCGGGGGGGCAGGGCCCCUCGGGCUUGGCGGGGACGACGGCGCAGGACCCAGAGACCCGGGGAGAAACGGACAGAGGGCUGCCCCGGACCGGCGGCGCGCUCUACCCCCUCCCCUCCCGCGGCCUGUGCGGCCUGAGAGGUGCGGCGGGCCUGGGGCGGGACACUGGGGACGCUCACCGGGCCGCCCGGCCCCUCCCCGCGCCCGGCCCUCGGCCUGGCCUGACCCUUGUAGGUUCUCGGCCGAGCCCGAAUCAAGACGUGUGAGAACUAGAGAGACCAAGAUACGACAAAACCCACGAGCGAAAGACCAUUUUCCCUCUUUCUCUUCCCCACCAACGGGGGGUGUUGAGAAGAUGCCGAACAUUGGGACCUUUCCACUCGGAGGGGCCCCAGAGAGGGAAGGGAAAGAGGGGUCCUUUUCCCUUUUAGAAUUUUCUUUAUAAUCAUAUCCCCUUCCUGACCCCGCCUACCUAUUAUUUUCUCUCUUCUUCGCGGGUCCCAUCCUUUUUCCUCGCCCUAGUCCUUCCUUCCCCUCCUGGAUCUGGGGUAGCAGAGAAGUGCUGGAGCGGAACUAGCCCCUGUCCCAGGCGCACCCCGCAGAAAACGGGUUCCCGUCUCAUCCCAGGCCUGGGCACGGUUGGAGGAGGGGUGCGGGGGGCAAUAAAUCGCACUAUCCAAUUGUC